CCUCUCUUCAACUUCAAGAACAGCGUCGCGAUUCUCGAGCUGUGAAGCCAUUGAGCUUGGAAGACAGUCACACGUGAUCAUUCCCCGCUUGCUUGGCUGACCGUUUUAAGUCAUUCGACUUGGCCUUCGAAGUGCGCUCACUCCAGUACAUCAUGGAAGAAACCGACGAAUAUGACAGCGUUCAGUGGGAUAUACAAGAUGCUACCACCGGAAUGGACGAUAGUAGCCCCCUCGGCAAAAGUCGACAUGCUGACACGGCUACUAUUGACCCAUUGUCGGACAUUGCAGAUUCCAUGAACAGUACCUUGAAGCUCGACAAUAACUUUGAAAGCCAAAAUGACUCAUUAGCUUCGACAAGUAAUCUCACCGACACCUAUUCCACCAACUACGACCUUAAUCGACCCGUCUUCAAUCCUUACCUCGAAUCACAGCUUGCCCCAACAACUAUCUAUAAUAACCCUUCAACAAGCGCCUACAAGACGACUCAUAUUAUUACAGACCGAAACAUUCGAGUAUCGGACCCUGAGAAGGAAACGGAUGGCCAAUCCACGUACAUGUCUUAUCUGAUCACCUCCGAUAAAGCAUCAGUGCGAAGACGUUUUCAAGACUUUGUUUGGUUAUAUAAUGUAUUAAAUGCUCAUUUCCCCGCUUGCUUUGUUCCUUCUUUACCCGAGAAGCAUCGGAUGGAGUAUGUCCGAGGAGACCGCUUCGGAGGUGAUUUUGUGGAAAAGCGAAGAGCCAGCUUGCAAAACUUUGUUGAAAGGAUUGGUAGACACCCUAUACUAAGCAACGCCGAAUUUUUUGAGAUGUUCCUGGAGUCACCGAAAUUUAACGAUACCUCUGCUCGUGCAUUACGCGAACAACAAGAGACCAUGCUUGAUACCUUUAGUGAUUCAUUGCUCAAUGCAUUCAGUAAAAUUAAGAAUCCAGACGAACGGUUUGUAAAUAUGAAAGAACAGUUGGAUAAACUGGAGGAGAACUUGACUCUAAUCGAGAAGACUCUGAAUCGAACCAACAAACGACAAGAAGAGCUCUCCCAAGAUUACAAGGAAUUCGCUAGCAGUAUGCAAGGGCUAGCGAAUCUUGAAAGCGGCAUUACAGUUCCAAUACUGCGAUUUGCGGAAACAGCAACUGAGUACUCAAGAGCUAUGAAAAAUCUGUCUGACAAGGGCGAGGCUGAUUGGAUCAGUGAAAUACACGAGUACAUCGCAUAUUGUACUGCCGUUAAGACCGUCUUGAAAUUACGCGACCAAAAGCAAGUUGAUUACGAGGAGUUGACAGAGUAUUUGGCAGCAACAGAGAAGGAGCGAGAAAGGACUAUGCAUCCGUCAAUGAUGGAUCGUGGCCUCAAUAUUACCGGCUACCUUACUGACAAGAUACAAGAAGCCAGAGGUAUCGAUUCGGAGAAAAUGAGAAGGGAGAAGAUCCUCAAAUUGGAUAUGCGUAUCCGAGAAUUGCAAGAGGCAACUGAGCAAAGCAAAGAAGUGUCAACUUCAUUUUCAGAUCAAGUGGAGAGAGAAUACAAGUACUUUGAGGAAUCUCGAACUGUCGAAAUUAAGAACGCUCUCGAAGGCUAUACUGGUGUGAAAACGGAAUUUUAUACUAAGGCAUUGAGGGACUGGAAGGAUGUUAUCAAUACUUUGGAAGCUAUUCAUGUAGAAGAAAAUUGAUAAUAAAGCACACAAUGAUGUGAUUUGCGUAUGUAUCGCAGGCCGUA